UGCAAAAAGAACCAGCAUUAUUCACCCAACAUAAAAGGAAAAAAGAAAAAGGAAAAAGCCUGCAUAUACCAACUCUUUGAAGUUAGAAUAUUGAGGAAUCUUGAACCACUUCCAUUGUUUGCACCAAGAUGAAAGCAAUUGAAGCCACGUUUAGACUUCUCCAAGUGUUGAUUGUUUUGUUUGCAGGAUUAGGGCAAGCAAAAGCAUUGGAAAAGAGAGAUUUCCCUGAAGACUUCAUUUUUGGGGCAGGAACUUCAGCUUAUCAGAUUGAAGGAGGGGCGACGGAAGAUGGUAAAGGGCCUAGUAUUUGGGACACUUUCACACAUAAAUUUCCAGAUAAGAUUGAUGGGGGAAACAAUGGAGACAUGGCUGUAGAUUCCUAUCAUCGGUAUAAGGAGGAUAUACAAUUGGGGAAAGAAAUGGGGUUGGAUGCAUAUCGCUUCUCUAUAUCAUGGACUAGGAUCCUACCAAAGGGAAAAUUGAGAGGAGGGGUCAGCAAGGAGGGCAUCAAACACUACAACAACCUCAUCAAUGAGUUGAUUGACAACGGGAUGAUGCCUUUGGUGACACUGUUCCAUUGGGAUUUACCUCAAUAUCUCGAGGAUGAGUAUGGAGGAUUCUUGAGUUCUAAAAUUGUUGUGGAUUUUGAGGACUAUGCCAACAUUUGCUUCCAAGAAUUUGGUGAUAGAGUGAAAUAUUGGGUUACUGUGAAUGAGCCAUGGACUUAUAGUGUGAGAGGAUAUGAUUUAGGUAUAUCAGCCCCUGCUCAUUGUUCACCUUCAUUAGGAAACUGUACCCAAGGAAAUUCAGCCACCGAGCCUUAUCAAGUUGCACAUAACAUGCUUCUUGCUCAUGCUGCUGCCUUUAGCCUAUACAAAGACAAAUAUGAAGCAGCACAAAAAGGAGUCAUUGGUAUUUCUCUAUCAGCCCAUUGGUAUCUGCCCUACUCAAACACCAAUGGAGACCAUGAGGCUGCAUAUAGAGCUGUUGAUUUCAUGCUUGGAUGGGCCCUAGAUCCUAUAACAAGAGGUGAUUACCCCUUUUCCAUGAGAACUUAUGUUGGGGAAAGGCUGCCCAGAUUUACAGAAAAUCAAUCUCAUAAUUUGAGAGGAUCAUUCGAUUUUAUUGGGAUUAAUUACUACACAACACACUAUGCAUCUGAUAUUCCAUAUUCGAGCUUCUCGAAAGCUGUCAGCUACUCAAAUGACAUUCAUGUGGAUCGAACAGGGAUGCGGAAUGGCAUUCCUAUUGGGCCACAGGGUGCCUCCACUUGGUUAUUUGUGUAUCCACCAGGUAUCAAAGACCUCUUGGUUUACAUUAAGGAGAGGUACAACAAUCCGACGAUCUACAUCACCGAAAAUGGGGUGGAUGAAUAUGACAAUGGGACCAAGCCCUUAGAGGAAUCUCUUCAAGAUACAAUUAGGAAAGACUGCCACUAUAACCAUCUCUUGCAUAUCCGAGAAGCCAUCAGGCGAGGAGUGAGAGUGAAGGGAUACUUCUUUUGGUCCCUCUUGGACAACUUCGAAUGGGAAGAUGGUUAUAGCUUGCGCUUUGGCCUUUAUUAUGUUGAUUACAAGAACAAUUUGAGGAGACUUCCGAAGCUCUCAGCUCGUUUCUUUUCGAGGUUCUUGAGAGAGAAAACCACAAGCCUCGAGGAAGCCGACCUCAUUAACACUAUGUAGCAAGCAUAUGUUAUAUUGGAUUCGAUUUUUUUUAUUCAAUACCCUACAUCAGAACUGAUUUCUCAUGGCAUUGAGAGAGGAGAGAGGGGGGAAUCGAAAAUCAUAGUGUGAAUUUGUUCUUCGUUUAGUUAAGAGAUUGUAUAUGAUAAGGCAAUUUACUUUUGCUUCAAAGGUCACAAUAUGCUAUCGUUGUCCGAUGUGAAAACUGACAGCUUGGAAUGUAUAUCAAAGAUUGAGAAAACUUUAUUUUGACCCUGAGCAUGGUCAGUAGUACAAUCCCAGUCAUGAUCAAGAGAAAUUGUGACCUACUUGUAUCAAAGAUAAGUGACUUUCUUUAGUUAA